GGAUUUUGUGGAUAUGAACAAAUGAAUUGGAUCCAUAACAUCGGGAUCGGGUCAGCUCAGGAAGGAGACGACGUUUCUGCGGGUGACCGUCUCCGUUUCUGCAUGUUUGCUUCACCAGCAGGACUCCGGUUUACAUCAUGUCUUCUGUCCCUAACACAUUUGAAAAUGUAAAAGCUGUUAUUUUAUCAGCUCAUAAAAAUUCCACGGCAAGAGACAAGAUCAGCUUUUACAACUCCUGGGCAAAGAACUAUGAGCAGGACUUGGCCGUGUUGGACUACCGUGCACCCAUUCUGGCAACAAGCAGAAUCUCGUCCCAUUUCAGCGGCGCUCCAGAGGCAGCCGUGGUCUUGGACGUGGCCUGUGGCACAGGACUCAUGGCCAAACAAAUGAAGAAAAAUGGAUAUGAACAUUUUGUGGGUGUAGAUGGAAGUGAAGCCAUGUUGGAGAUGGCCAGACAAAGUGGAUUAUAUGAGGACUUGAAGCAGUGCAUGCUGGGGGAGGACCCACUGCCUGGCAAGUGGGCCGGGUCGUUUGACGUGGUGGUGAUCGUCGGAGCUCUCAGUGUCGGUCAGGUUCCUGUCGAAGUGGCCAGAGAUCUCUGCAAGUUCGCUAAACCUGGUGGCUACAUUUGCAUGACAACCAGAAGUAACAGAGACAACCUGCAGUACAAAGCCAGCCUGGAGGGCCUGCUGGGGCAGCUGGAGGAGGAGGGGCUCUGGACUCGCGUGGAGGUGACUGAGGUCCAGCAGUGGGAGAGGGCCGUGUCGGAGCACGAGGACGGAUACAUACCUGGCGUUGUGUACCUCUAUAAGAAACUAUAGACGUAACGCAAUACGAUACGAUACGCUGCAACAACGUCAACAUUUUCCUGCACAUUUUGGUGCUUUGAAAUGUUCACAGUCAACAAUCUCUUCAAUUUCUGGAUAUCAUAAUAUUCAUGGUAGAUCCAGAGGCUCGUUGCUCUUACAGAACACUCUCCAUGCACGUUAUUGACAUGCUGUAAAUGUUUCCCUCCUGAAUAAAC